AUGGGGGAGAAAGUUUUGGAGGCGCCGGAGCCGGUGCCCCGUGGCUGCAGCGGCCACGGCGCCCGGGCUCCUGCCCCUGCGGUGGCCGCCGCAUCCUCGCCUGGCGCUUCCUCGGCCGAGUCCUCCUCGGGCUCAGAAACUCUGUCGGAGGAAGGGGAGCCCGGCGGCUUCGCCCGCGAGCAGCCGCAGCCACCGCCGCCGGGCGGCGCCCUAGGCGCCCCGCCGCCCGCCGCCUGGGCUCCCGCGCGUGUGGUGCUCGAGCGUGGAGUCUGUGCCCGGCCGCCGCAGCUCCCCGGAGGAACCGCGCCGCGCGCGCCGCGGGGCAGCAGCGCGUCCCAGGAGGAGCAGGACGAGGAGCUUGACCACAUACUGUCACCUCCGCCCAUGCCAUUUCGGAAAUGCAGCAACCCAGAUGUGACUUCUGGUCCUGCAAAGUCACUGAAGUUUAAAAGACAGCUGAGUGAGGACGGGCGAGAGCUGCGGCGGGGAAGCCUGGGAGGAGCUCUUACAGGGAGGUACCUGCUUCCAAACCCCGUGGCAGGGCAGGCUUGGGCGACCUCGGCGGAGACGUCCAACCUCGUGCGCAUGCGCAGCCAGGCCUUGGGCCAGUCGGCGCCCUCGCUCACUGCCAACCUGGUGAGUGUCCUCUGCCUCUGUCCGCACAGCAUCGGGGUAAUUUCAUCUCUCCACCUUCCUGGCGACUAUUUUAAGUUUGCUGAGUUUAACUAA